UUUUGACUGUCUUCUUCAACACAAGGAGAGUGUGUAAAGAAGCUAGAGUCUUUUGCAAUUGUGAAAGCUUGAGCUACUACAAUGGACAUUAUUGUUGGAGUUGCCGUUGGAGCCAUCACCGAAUUGGUUAAGUAUAUGGUUUCUCCCUUCACGCGUCACAUCAGUUAUCUUGUUCAUCACAAGAGAAACGCUAAUGACCUUGGCGCCCAAAUGAAAAACCUCGGAGAAAAGAAAGAGGAUGUCCAACGCUUAGUGAGUGCAGCUCACAUGAGAGGAGAAGUGAUAAGAGUGGUGGUGGAAGGUUGGUUAAAAGACGUGCAUCAAGUGCAGUCUAAGGAGACGGAAUUGCAGAAUGCAUUGGAAGAGAUCAGCAAGGGAUGCCUCCAAGGGGGUUGCUCAACGCAUUAUCAAGUAGGGAAAGAUGCAAAAUGCAUGAUUGAUGAAGUCAAGAAGCUCCUAAAUAAAGGUGAAACAUUUACUGUCGUGUCGGAUCCUUCUCCGCUUCCUCCCAGCCUAGAAACCCUGCAAACACUAGAUUUUCAAGUUUAUGGUUCCACCAAAUUAGCUAUGGACGAAAUCAUGAAUGCUUUGAAGGAUGAGCAUAUCAACAUGGUUGGUGUAUAUGGGAUAGGAGGGGUUGGAAAGACAGCCUUGAUGAAAGAAGUGGUCAAAAUUUCGAAAAAAAACAGGAUGUUUGAUCAAGUUAUGAUGGUCACUAUAUCUCAAAACCCGGUCUUGAUAACUAUCCAAGGUGAAAUCGCAGAGAAGUUGGGCCUAAAGCUUGAACAAGAGUCCCAAUCUGUGAGAGCUGGACUUCUAUUGGAAAGAUUGAAGAAGGAGAAACGAAUCCUCCUAGUCUUAGAUGAUUUGUGGGAGCCACUAAAGUCACUAGAGGAGGUAGGAAUUCCAUAUGGGAAAAACUGCAAAGUAGUUCUCACAACAAGACGGCUCGAAGUGUGCAAUCAAAUGAAGACCCAAUCCAAUGUUGAAGUAAAAAUUUUAUCAUCAGGAGAUGCCUGAGUUCUAUUCAAAUGGGCUGCUGGGGAUCGUAUAGAGGACGACAAUAUGCUUCAUCCGGUGGCAAAUCAAGUUGUUAGAGAAUGUGGGGGUUUGCCCCUUGCCAUCGUUGUAAUUGGAAGUACACUGCGAGAUAAGAGCCUAAGUACGUGGGAAGAUGCGGCUAGCGAAUUGCAAAAAUCAGGCUCAUCACCACCGGAUAUUGAAGGUGUGCAUAAAAAAAUUUUCUGCCCCAUAAAAUGGAGUUAUGACUUUCUUGAUAAUGAUGACACCAAAUUAUGCUUCUUGCUGUGUUGUAUGUUUCCUGAAGACGAUAGAAUUUAUGUUGAGACGGAUUUGCUUCCUUACGUGGUGGGGGAGGGGUUGUUUGAAAAUAUUCACACCCUUACACAAGCAAGGAAUAGGUUGCACACGCAGAUUGAAAGACUUAAGCGAUCGUGCUUGUUAUUAGGUGAUAGUGAAGGGGAGGAGGGAUUCGUAAGGAUGCAUGAUAUUAUUCGGGAUGUUGCUAUAUGGAUUGCAUCGGAAAAAGGUCUUGAUUUUGUUGUAAAAUCUGGUAGACCAUUCAUAAAUUGGCCAAAUGGGGAGACCGUAAGGAAAUGCAAGCGACUUUCGGCCAUGCGAAGUCAAAUUACCAAGCUCCCCCCCAAUCAGCUAGAUUGCUCUCAGCUUAUGACCCUAUCCUUGAGAGACAAUGAUGAUUUGACGGAAAUCUCUGAUGGAUUUUUUCAAGGGAUGACAUCAUUGAAGACUCUAGAUCUGACUGACACAUGUAUCUCUUCGGUACCAUCUUCAUUGUCUUGCUUAACGGACCUUCGAGUGCUGCGCAUUAGUGGAAGUCAGAAUUUCGAUAUCUCAUUGGUUGCGAAGUUGAAGAAACUUGAAAUACUUCACCUAUCUAAUUGCAAUGUAUUGAAAUUGUUGCCAGAAGAAAUAGGAGCACUUACAAAUCUGAAGUCGUUGGAUUUGUCCGAGAAUGAGAACUUGACUAUUGCCCCAAAUACUCUAUCAAGGUUGACUCUCCUAGAAGAACUCAAUCUUGAGGAAAGCUUUCAUGAAUGGGAGAUGGAUGAAG